ACUUGUUGUGUGUUUUGUGUGAUCCGUUUGGGAGAAGGGAGGAAGGGAUGAUGAGGUCGGGUGUCCAGUUAGACCUCUGCGGAGCUGCUAGACAAAGCGCGGGUUCGGCCGGCAGGCUCCUGAGCUUGUCAAAUGCACAGUGAGGCGUAUUCUAGCCUUUGCGGUGACUGGGUGUUUGUGAGAUGCUGGAUUAUUGACCUGAUCAAAGGUAAGGUAGGGUCAAAGUUGUCGGCAGGCCAUACGCCGGUGGGGCAGGGGGCGGGGGCUUUAUACAGCCAGAUUGCAGUUGCGAUUGCGACUGCGAUUGCGACACUUUUGCUGCGACACUUACGCGUUGAGCGGAAAGUGCGGACUAAUGGCUAAUGGAGUCAAUGGACAGAUUGAGGCGCGGAACAAGGCGGAUUAUUAAUGUCUUCUACUGUUCUACACGCAUCCUGAACCGCCUCUCUUUAC